GCCCGCGGGGCCAUGAAGGCGGGCUCCGGCCAUGGCCCAUGGCAGCGCGGCGGUCAUGCUGAAGUGCGUGGUGGUGGGGGACGGCGCGGUGGGCAAGACGUGUCUGCUGAUGAGCUACGCCAACGACGCCUUCCCCGAGGAGUACGUGCCCACCGUCUUCGACCACUACGCAGUCAGCGUUACCGUCGGGGGCAAGCAGUACCUGCUGGGGCUGUACGACACCGCCGGCCAGGAAGACUAUGAUCGUCUGAGACCUUUAUCUUAUCCUAUGACCGAUGUCUUCCUUAUCUGCUUCUCAGUGGUAAACCCUGCUUCAUUUCAAAAUGUGAAGGAAGAGUGGGUACCGGAGUUGAAGGAAUAUGCACCUAAUGUUCCCUUUUUACUAGUAGGAACACAGAUUGAUCUUCGUGAUGAUCCAAAAACUUUGGCAAGACUGAACGAUAUGAAAGAGAAGCCCGUAUCUGUGGAGCAAGGACAGAAGUUAGCAAAAGAGAUAGGGGCCUACUGCUAUGUGGAGUGUUCAGCUUUAACACAGAAAGGACUGAAGACCGUUUUUGAUGAAGCUAUUAUAGCGAUCCUAACUCCAAAGAAACACACAGUGAAGAAGAGAAUAGGCUCAAGAUGCAUAAACUGCUGUUUGAUCACGUGAGAUAUAUUUGGCAAUGGCCAGACUUACUGUGAAAUUCUGCUGAAUUUAAAUACAAUGCAUUAAGUACACAGCAAAGUUCUUACAGGUCUGAAAGCUAAAACUACAUUUCUGCCUUCUACAACCAGUGAAAUCCAGAGGAAUAAAAUCAAACUCAAUGAACUUGUAAUAAGAAGCCACCACAUCUGUUAGAAAUAUUUUAUUCAGACUGGAAGGUACAAUCUCUCAGGGUUACAUAGUCUAGAGGAAGCAAAAACUGCACCAUGCUGAAACAGCAUCUGUGUGAUUUUAUUGAGUGGAGAUGCUUGGUCUGAAAUACUCUAAAUGAAUUUGGAUAGUCUUCUGCUUUGACUAUACAUAUAUCUCU